CAUGCACCGACAUAUAGCUUCCGCAAACAUAAAAUUUCGUCAAAUUGAACAACAGUUGAACAAUGUUGAACAAAUGAAAUGAACAAAUGAUAAACGCUCAUAUAAACGAUACGGUUUAAUUAUUACAAUUACUUAGCUUCUUCGCCACGUAAUAGAGAAACAAAUUACAGUUAACGUGCAUCGAUACAUUUCUUGAUAACAAUGCCGGAAUCACCACGCAUUACAAGAUGCUUACGGAUGUUUUCAGACCUUGGACGAAUUAAAAGUGUAACCGAGUUAGAGCCAAAUGAUUUAUCAAGAAAACACAGGGAACGAAAUAACAAGUCAAAGAGUCAUCUCAGCUGGCACGAUCUAGAGGAUGUUGUACCAAAAAACAUUAUGGUCUCUAUGAGUAAACUACGGCAAAUUGCAGCAAGAGCGCUUGGUGAAUAUUCUCCUGAACUGUUAGACGACUUUACCAUAUUUACUUUGCUUUCAUUAAUCGAUCACAAAUUUUUAACUGAGGAGAAAUUUAAGAUUUUAAAAGGAAAAGCAGGAAAUUUAACACCUGAAAUUACUCAUGAAAUGAUGACGGUGAUUCUUUCGAUUCAACAAUCGAUUAGCGAAGAAACGUUAGCAUUUUUAAGGAAAGGGACAAAUAACACUGAAAUAUUAGAAAUUAACUUAUUCGGUACAAAAUUUGGCUAUAAACCUGCAAGAGCAUUGUGGCCAGACACUAAAUUGCUUCAUAGUAUGUCUUCAGAAAAUACAAACCAAACCACUAAUAAUUUUACAAUGAAAUAUAAAAAUAAAAUUAAAGUACCAUCCAAAACUGAAUUUGAUAAAACAAUCUACAUAGACAAUUUAAAAUUGUUAUAUAGAAAGUUCUCUACGGAUCUUAGUUUUGAUACAUUCACAAACUUGAUAAGCAACAAAUUGGGAAGUUCUGAAAGUCAGAACGAGUUAUUAGAUAUUCUAGGUUGUGAAAAUAUAGAAUUUAUCCAGUAUAUAAUACAACAUCAAAGAAGUAUUAUGGCAUUGUGUAGCGUAGCAAAAAUACAAAAACAAACUAACGUAGAGAGACCUGUUAUUAGCGGUCAAGUAACUGUACAGUCUGAAAAAGAAAAAACUCUAUUAAAACAAAUACUAAAAAAAGAAAAGAAAUUAAACAAAAUAUCAAAUAAACGAGAAGGAAAAGGAACUUUAGAAGGAAAUGACUUUGACUCGUUUGAUUUGCAUCGAACAAAGCAGGAAGCAUUAAUCGAAAUGAAUACACCUAUAUUCGGGAAAGAGGUUUAUUCAAGCAGAAAUGCACAAGAAAAGUUUCCAUUCGUGUUUGACUCCAAUGUAAGUAAGUGUACAAGCAGUUUCAUAUCAGGAAAAAAAAUCAUGCUGCCCCAAAGUGUUUCAAGAAAUAAUACACCUAUAUGCGAGGAAGUUCAUAUACCAAUACCAGAAAUACAAUCACUUGAUGUUAAUUACAAAACUGUUAUGAUAUCCUCGCUUGAUGAUAUCGGACAAAUGGUUUUCAAAGGUGUUAAAUCCUUAAAUUGUAUACAAAGCAUAGUAUUUAAUGCAGCGUAUCAUACUAAUGAAAACUUAUUAAUCUGUGCCCCAACUGGAGCUGGUAAAACUAACGUUGCUAUGUUAACUGUAAUACAUCAAAUAAAACAACAUAUUGAACACGAUCUAUUAAUGAAAGAUAAAUUUAAAAUAAUUUAUGUGGCACCAAUGAAAGCUUUAGCAUCGGAAAUGACAAGAAACUUUGGGAAAAAACUUGAAUGCCUUGGCAUAUCAGUUCGAGAACUGACUGGGGAUAUGCAUUUAACCAAAUCAGAGAUUCAACAAACACAGAUGAUAGUUACUACACCAGAAAAAUGGGAUGUUCUUACUAGAAAAGGUACUGGAGACAUUUCUCUUACAAGCAUUGUAAAAUUGUUAAUUAUUGAUGAAGUACAUUUGUUACACGGCGACAGAGGACCUGUGGUCGAAGCAUUAGUUGCUCGAACUUUAAGACAAGUGGAGUCUUCGCAGAAUAUGAUUAGAAUUGUUGGACUUUCAGCUACUUUACCAAAUUAUGUAGAUGUUGCAAGAUUUUUAAGAGUGAAUCCAUAUGUAGGACUCUUUUAUUUCGACCAUCGAUUUCGUCCUGUACCACUUAGUCAAACAUUUAUCGGUGUAAAGGCAACAGCACCUUUACAACAGCAAAGUCACAUGGAUCAAGUAUGUUACAAUCAUGUUAUAGAUAUGGUACGUAAAGGACAUCAAGUAAUGGUUUUCGUGCAUGCACGCAAUGCUACUGUUAGGGUAGCAAAAGCACUGCAAGAGUUGGCACAACAAAAUGAUACAUUAAGAUUAUUUAUUCCUGAAGCUCAUGCAAAAUUUACAAACAGAGCUUUCGAUAAAUCUAAUAGCCAGUAUUUAAUCGACUUAUUUAACAGUGGAUUAUCGGUACACCAUGCUGGUUUAUUACGUUCAGUGAGAAAUUUAGUUGAGAAAUAUUUUGCAGAAGGAUUGAUUAAGGUAUUAGUUUGCACAUCGACGCUCGCUUGGGGUGUAAACUUGCCUGCGCAUGCAGUGAUUAUAAGAGGUACAGAAAUCUAUGAUUCAAAAAGUAGUUCGUACGUUGAUUUAGAUAUACUAGAUGUUUUGCAAAUUUUUGGACGAGCUGGUAGACCGCAAUACGAUAAGUCAGGUGACGCUAUUAUUAUUACUUCCCACGACAAAUUAUACCACUAUUUGUCAUUAUUAACGAAUCAAAUACCUAUUGAGAGCAAUUUCAUUAAAUAUUUGGCUGACAAUUUAAAUGCUGAAAUUGCAUUAGGUACAAUAUCAAAUCUACAAGAAGCUAUAAAAUGGCUGAGUUAUACUUAUUUGUUUGUUCGAAUGAAAUUAAAUUAUCAGGUGUAUGGGAUUCCUUAUCAAGAAAAAAUGGAUGACCAAAAUUUAGAACGUAAAAGAAAAGAAUUAAUCGAUACUGCAGCCAAAGAAUUAGAUAAAGCUAAAAUGAUUAGAUAUAAUAUAAAUACUGGAGAUCUAAGUACAACAGACCUUGGACGUAUCGCAAGCCAUUUUUACCUUAAAUACGACACUAUUGAAAUUUUCAAUGAACUGAUGAAACCAAUAAUGAACGAAGCAGAAAUACUUGCACUGAUAUCUCAUUCUCAAGAAUUUCAACAGUUGAAAGUUAGAGAUGACGAACUUAACGAGUUGGAUUAUUUGAAAAGGGAAUAUUGCAAUCUUAUACCACAAGGUGGUUCAGAAAAUAUACAUGGUAAAGUGAACAUUUUGUUGCAAACGUAUGUAUCGCGUGGUCGGAUUAAUGCAUUUUCAUUGAUAUCAGAUCAGUCGUAUAUUACACAGAAUGCAAUACGUAUAUGUCGUGCGCUAUUUAAAAUUAUGUUAAGAAGAAAUAACGCGAUAAUGUCUGGACGCUUAUUAGAAAUGUCAAAAAUGCUUGAGUUGCAACAAUGGAGUCAUAUAAGUCCCGUGUGUCAGUUUUCGUGUUUACCUCCAGAAAUAAUUGAUAAAAUAAAUCAGUACGACUUAACAAUUGACAAGUUGUACGACAUGGAUGUCAAAGAAAUUGGAGAUAUUCUGCGUAACCAUAAAACAGCAGCUUUAGUGAAGAAAUGUUGCGAAGAGUUACCCAUGUUAGAAAUGACUUACAGUUUACAACCUAUUACUAGAACAGUUUUAAGAAUACGUUUGCAAAUAUAUCCCCAGUUCAGGUGGAAUGAUAAAAUUCACGGUAAAACCUCUGAACCAUUUUGGAUAUGGGUUGAAGAUCCAGAUACCAAUUUCCUUUAUCACCAUGAAUAUUUCGAAAUGACAAGGAAAAUGGUUUACAAUAACCUUGAACAAGAACUCGUAAUGACUAUACCAUUGCAGGAACCAUUGCCUGCGCAAUAUAUAGUAAAAGCAACAAGCGAUCGCUGGUUGGGUUGCGAAAGUAUGGUACCUAUAACAUUUCAUAAUUUAAUUUUACCUGAAAUAUAUCCUCCUCACACUGAUUUAUUAAAAUUACAACCGUUACCAAUAAAGGCAUUAAAGGAGCCAACAUUUGAAAAACUCUACAAAUUUACUCACUUUAAUCCGAUACAAACACAGAUCUUUCAUUGUUUAUACCAUACAGACAACAACGUUCUUUUAGGAGCUCCAACUGGUUCAGGAAAGACGAUAGUAGCAGAAAUAGCUAUGUUUAGAAUAUUUAAAAUGUACCCUACGCAGAAAGUUGUUUAUAUUGCGCCACUAAAAGCUUUAGUUAGGGAACGAGUAAAGGAUUGGAAAAUCAGAUUUGAAGAACAACUGGGGAAGAAAGUAGUAGAAUUAACUGGAGACGUAUCACCAGAUAUUAAGAUUAUAGCUAGCUCAAACAUUAUUGUCACUACGCCAGAAAAAUGGGAUGGUAUCAGUAGAAGUUGGCAAACAAGAACUUACGUAAAAAAUGUUGCACUUAUAAUCAUAGACGAGAUCCAUCUGUUAGGAGAAGAUCGUGGUCCUGUAUUGGAAGUUAUUGUUUCAAGAACUAAUUUUAUUUCUUCUCACACUAUGAAAAAGCUAAGAGUUAUCGGACUCUCUACAGCAUUGGCUAACGCUGUGGAUUUAGCCAAUUGGCUUGGCAUCCAAGAAAUGGGUCUAUAUAAUUUUCGUCCAUCUGUACGACCUGUACCAUUAGAAAUCCACAUACAGGGAUUCCCUGGAAAGCAUUAUUGUCCUCGAAUGGCUACGAUGAAUAGACCAACUUUUCAAGCAAUCAGGCAACAUUCACCAUCAAGCCCAUCUCUUGUGUUUGUUUCAUCAAGAAGGCAAACGCGAUUAACUGCGUUAGAUUUAAUUGCUUAUCUGGCAGUGGAAGAUAAUCCGAAACAAUGGCUACAUAUGCCCGAUGAAGAGAUGGAUAAUAUCUUAGAUCAUGUACGGGAUUCGAAUUUAAAGCUUAUGCUUGCUUUUGGAAUUGGUAUACAUCACGCUGGCCUUCAAGAUAAAGAUAGAAGAACCGUCGAAGAAUUGUUUGUUAAUAAUAAAAUUCAGGUGUUGAUUACUACAGCUACUUUAGCUUGGGGUGUAAACUUCCCUGCUCACUUGGUAGUAAUAAAAGGAACCGAAUAUUAUGAUGGUAAAACAAAACAUUACGUAGACAUGCCAAUUACAGAUGUGCUUCAAAUGAUGGGUCGUGCAGGCAGACCUCAGUUCGAUGAUUCUGGGGUUGCAGUUGUUUUAGUACACGACUUGAAAAAAAAUUUUUAUAAAAACUUUCUGCAUCAGCCUUUUCCAGUAGAAUCAAGUUUAUUAGGAGUGUUACCAGACCACAUAAAUGCAGAAAUAGUUGCUGGUACAAUUAAGAAUAAACAAGAAUUUUUAGAUUAUUUAACGUGGACCUAUUUCUUCAGGAGAUUAUUAAAAAAUCCUAUAUAUUAUAAUUUAAAUGCUUUGGAACCUAAUACGAUUAAUCAAUACUUAUCAUCCUUGGUGGAUAGUACAAUACAAAUAUUAAUGGAUUCGCAUUGUAUUGAAUUUGAUGAGAGCGAACAAAUAUUGGUUCCGCUUUCAAUGGGUAAAAUAGCAUCAUUUUAUUAUUUGUCACAUCAGACCAUGUUAAUGUUUAAACAAUCAUUGAAAGAAUCUUUUACACUGGAGGAAUGCCUACAUAUUCUAUGCAAUUCCUAUGAAUACAAUGAAUUGCCAGUAAGGCAUAACGAAGACCUAGUAAACGAAGAAUUAAGCAAAAUGUCCCGUUACCCGGUAGAUAACUAUACAUAUGAUUCUCCAAAUACUAAAGCAUUUUUAUUACUCCAAGCACAUUUUUCAAGACAGCAACUACCAUGCGCAGAUUAUGUCACCGACUUAAAGUCAGUUCUCGAUCAAGCAAUUAGAAUUAUUCAAGCAAUGAUAGAUACCGUUGCAGAACAUGGAUGGUUAGAAAGUACGCUUAUAAUAAUUCAGUUACUGCAAAUGAUUAUUCAAGCUCGGUGGAUAGAUGAAUACGCUAUUACUACAUUGCCUCAUGUUCAAUCGGAACACUUACAGUUAUUUUCUACUUUAUCAGUAGCACUUCCAAUAUUAUGCACUAAAGUGUACAAUAAAUAUAGUUUACUUCAAUCGAUACUUGGAAAAGAGUUCCAAGAAAAUGAAAUAUAUCAGAUACAUCAAGUAAUACGAGACAUGCCAUUAAUUUUAAUUAAUCUAAGUUUGGAAGGUUAUUCGUCUGAUGAAACUGAGCGAAAGUCUAUAUCAUUGCAACCCGAUAGAGUUACGUGUAUAGAUGUACAGAAAGAUCAAGACUAUAUAUUAAAUAUUGGCAUGAGAAGAAAAAAUAAAUCUAAUAAUUUAAAAGUACAUUGUCCCAUGUUCCAGAAAGGAAAGGACGAAGGCUGGUUUCUAGUUUUAGGUAGUAUUUCUGAAAAAGAGUUAUGGGCUUUAAAGCGAGUGAGUGGAAUAAAUGAUCAAUGGAAACAUCACCAAUUACAAUUUACAGCACCAUCGCAAUUAGGACAAACAACACUAACGUUCUAUUUAAUGUCUGACUGUUACAUGGGACUGGAUCAACAAUACGAUGUACAAAUAAAUGUAACGUAUUAACUAAAUACAAGUAGCUCAAAAGAUUGAAUAUCGAAAAGUGAUAUACAUAUAUGUAUUCGAUUUCGUUCUAUAAUUUUAAGUUAUGGCUACUAAAUGUAAACCAAAUAUUUUAAUACAAACUAUGGUUACGUCAAUUAAUACUUAUAGAGCUGUUUUAGUGUUCGAAGGUACUGUGAUUCAAACUGUAAAAGUAUUUUUCAAGCGUUUAUUUUUCCCGAAGAUGCAUACAAAUGUACAUAUAUUUUUUCUUACAUA